AACUCAAAAGGAAGGAAAGUCACAGUCAUACAAUGCUACGCUAUGCAUCUACAAAUAAUGCAGAUGAAGAGACAACUGCAAUCAGUACUGGACAAGACCCCACUUCAGAUGGAAACAUCAAAAUUCCAAUGGGCGACAUGAAUGUCAAACUCGGAGUGGACAACACAGGAAGAGAAGUCAUCAUGGGUCGAGAAGCACUAGGUGAAAUGAAUGAGAAUGGAGAACUGUUUGCAGACUUCUGCACCUUCAAUGACUUGAUGAUUGGAGGCAGGGUGUAUAAACACAAGAAUAUUUACAAAGCGAGCGACAUGGAUUUCACCAGAUGGACACACUAAAAACCAGAUCAACUUCAUUUUAAUCUGGCGAAAGUGGUGACACAGCCCACUGGACACAAGAUCAAGAAGGGGAACAGAUGUAGGUAGAUUCAUACCACUCACUAUCUAGUGCAAGGAACCUGCCUUCAAAAUCAAGUUGAUCGCCUUCACGCAAGCUGAUGAUAGACCACAGUUUAAGUUCAACACCCAGAACAGAAACUGAACUGAAGGACGAAACUACAAAGGACAUCUUCACAUCAGUCAUCAGGAAAAAAUGGGUGACAUCCCCGAGGAAACCCACGUGGGAGAACACUGGAACUCUGUGAAAGCGACGUGGAAGGAAACCUGCAUAACCGUGUUAGGAAGGAAGAAGAAGUAAGACAAGUAAUGGAUCUCGACGGACACAUGGA